GUCAGUCGGUCACAUCGGUUCAACUCGGUACUGUAACGGCCAGGACGUACGCGGUAACUAAAUUGUUGGGCGAAAUAAAAGACCUGUACACACGUGGUAUAAGUAAUUGAACACUCGGCCAUCCCGUUACAUAUACUUGUCCCCAGUUUGUUGCCAACAUGUUGCUCCGUAUUUUCCAUGUGUCUGCUGCGUCGCUGUUCUGGUAUACGGCCUGGUAUGACCAGAACUUCAUAAAUGUGCCGUUUCCGAAUAAGGAGUAUGCGCAGUAUGCUUUGAAGGGGAGAGUUACUUUCCUCACGUUUUGGUGUUUGGUGCUGCAAACAAUCUACUUCACCCUGUCCGUUCUGAACGACUACAUCGGCACCAACGCGGACCAGUCCAAGCACGCCUCCCUGCUCCGCACCAUCAAGGACACGCUGUUCGUCCUCGCCUUCCCCGUCGCCCUCUACGUCACCUCGGCCUUCUGGGGCAUCUACGCCGUCGACAAAGACCUCAUCUUCCCCGACUGGCUCGCCAAACUCGUCCCCUCAUGGGUCAACCACACCAUGCACACUUUCAUCCUCCUCUUCAUCGCUUUAGAACUAGUUAUCACUUAUAGGAGAUACCCUUCCAGAGCGGUCGGCUACUCGAUCGUCAUUCUUUUCAAUUUGAUGUACACCAUCUGGUUCCAUUGCAUUUACUAUCAGACUGGGGUGUGGGUGUACCCUAUUUAUAGUGUGCUGAACUGGCCGGCUAGGGUAGGUCUGCAGCUGGCCAGUACAAGUACAGCGCUUGGAUUUUAUGUGCUAGGAGAAAAGCUGAAUGACUUUGUGUGGACGAAAGUUCACAAUAAGAUGGUGAAAAGCAACUGAUUGUAUGUAUUAUGUUGAAUUGUUAAAUUAUUUGAGGUAAAUUAUUAAAUUAUUCAAAGACUGGUUUUAA